CCACCUCCUCCGCAGGGGUUUUUCCUCUCUUCCCUGUGCGUGUCACUGCCCGCACUGCCAGUGUGUGUGCACAUGGGGGCGUGUUUAUGUGUGUGUGUGUGUGUGUGUGUGUGUGUGUGACGCUGUGGGCUGGAGAAGCUGUGUGCACUACACGAGGGUUAGAAUGCGACCAACAACACAAGCACGAGGUUUAUAGUACACUCUCUCUCACACACUCACACACACACACUCAUACACUCUCUCUCACACACACACACACACACACACUCAUACACUCUCUCUCACACACACACACACACACACACACACUGAGUUUUCCUGCUCUGAUUCUCCUCCAGCUGCUCACCACACACACACACUUGAGAGUAAUCCUGCACAGAUUCUGCUCCAGCUGCUUGCCACACACACACACACACACACGCACACACACACGCGUGCGCACACACACACGCCAUAAAGGUGCAGAAGGAACUCACCUGGAGGAAAGUUUUUUAAAGCGAUGAAAGACGGCGAGCUGCCGCUUCUUCUUCUCCAGCAGCAGGUCUGAUCUCGCACAAGAACACAGCCGGAGUUCUCCAGCAGCCAUCUCACAGAAGAUCCAGGUCUGAGGAACAUCUACUGAUCAGAUCUCCAGGAGCAGAAACUCUUCUGGAACAUUCCACAGGACCGUUCCUUCUCUAGCACACUUUAUUACUUUAUUCUGAUCUAUUUCUGGAUGGAGAGAUUCAGGAUGAGAGGGUUCCUCCUCUUCCACCUUCUCUCCGUUCUCCUGCACAGGUCAGAUUCGAACGCCAUCAUCGGACUGUCCAAGCACAUGGAGCCCAUCCUCAACGCCAACACGGUGUGUCUAACACUGCCGGGCCUCACCAAGAGGCAGAUGGACAUGUGCAUGAGAAACCCGGACGUCACGGCCUCGGCCAUCCAGGGCAUCCAGAUUGCCAUCCACGAGUGUCAGCACCAGUUCAGGGGGCAUCGCUGGAACUGCUCCAGCCUCGAGACGCGAAACAAGAUCCCUUACGAGAGCAUCGUCUUCAGCCGAGGCUUCAGAGAGAGUGCGUUUGCAUACGCUAUCGCCGCAGCAGGAGUGCUACACUCUGUCUCCAACGCCUGCUCCAUGGGGAAACUGAAGGCGUGCAGCUGCGAUGAGAAGCGGCGUGGAAACGAGGAAGUCUUCCGUCAGAAACUAAACCGGCUGCAGCUGGAGGCCAUCCACCGUGGCAAGGGCAUGGUCCACGGUGUGAUGGAGGAGCGAGGGGGUGUCCUGGAGGACCAUGGGGGGGCCAGAGGGGGCGGAGCUGUUGAGGAGUGGGAGUGGGGGGGGUGCAGCCCCAAUGUGGAGUUCGGGGAGAAGUUUUCUAAAGACUUCCUGGACUCCAGAGAGACCUACAGAGACAUCCACGCCCGGAUGAGACUACACAACAACCGUGUAGGACGACAGGUGGUGCUGGAUCACAUGCGGCGGAAGUGUAAGUGUCACGGAACUUCAGGAAGCUGCCAGCUUAAGACGUGUUGGCAGGUGACCCCAGAUUUCCGGCUGGUGGGCUCGCUGCUGAAGGAGCGCUUCAACCUGGCUGCACUUAUCAAAACACACAACCGCAACACGGGCCAAGUGGAGCACGUACCUCAGCACCAGCACCAUCAUCACCAUCAUCACCAUCAUCAGAACCACCAUCACCACCAUCCCCCGCAGCACCAGCGGCGACGUAACAACGUCAACUUUAAUGAGCUCGUCUACUUCGAGAAGUCUCCGGAUUUCUGCGAAAGGGACGUCCAGUCGGACUCAGCGGGGACUCAAGGACGCAUCUGCAACAAGACGAGCCAGGGCAUGGACAACUGUGAGAGCCUGUGCUGUGGACGGGGACACAACAUCCUGCAGCAGACACGACGCGAACGCUGCAACUGCAAGUUCCACUGGUGCUGCUACGUGGUGUGUGAGGAGUGCAGGGUAAACGAGUGGGUCAGUGUCUGCAAGUGACCACAGCUACAACUUGGAUAAACCAAUAAAUAUAUAAACGUCAAGUGAUGGGGAGAGACAUAAGGGCAGGACAAAGAUGAUCGACGGGAGACAUCAGACAUUUUCCCAACAGACCGCUUGCAUUCUGUUCUCUGUAACGAAACAGGAAGUAAAGAAUCACUUGUUGGAGUAUAAAAGCUGGUGUACACUAUGUGUAACUCCGCCCCCUCGUGCUCACUCUUGCCUACCUUUUCACCCCACACUGAGUCCACUCACAGUAGUUCUGCACUGUGUCAUUUCAGAAAAAAAGUAUUUUUAAAUAAAAUAAGUUAAGCUUAUUAAUAAUAAAAAAAAGAUAGUGGAUGGUCACUAGAGAGCGCUCAGUAACAUCGUUAGCCUUUAACUGUAGAAAAGAUCUGAGUGUUGAGGCAGCCGAGAUGACCGAUUCUCUCAAAGAAGAGCAUCCACCAGAUUUAUCCACGAUUCACAAAGCCUUCGCUUUAUUCUUACAUGUUUAUUUGUUUAGUCCAGGUGUUCCACACACCUGCUGGUGAUUACCAGAUUUUCUGAACUGUAGGUCACACCCACUGCAGCUCUAAGACAAACAAGUGAUCCUCUGGCAUGGCAUUUUUAUUUUCCAUCAUGUUUGUACCGCCCACUAAUUAGUGUUGCCAUUGUAAUUAACAGUGUUUACUGUGGAAACCUUGAUGUUGUGUUUAUAAGGAGCUUCUACACUGUUGUAGUUUAUCCCAUGCAGUGUAAGUUCUGGAGAAGCGUGUCCACCAUAAAAAAAACCCUUAAGUUCUUCAAAGGUUCCUUGAGGGUUCUUUUAACUCUUGAAGAAGUCCCAGUGAUGCCAUUUUGUCACUAACAUCCUAUCCUAGCUAACAAUCAUAUGAAGCUACAAGUACACAUCAACGUGCUGUUUGGAACCUGAUCAUAAAUAUUGGCACCCAGUUCAGAAGCACAGGUUCUUAUUACUCUGUACUAUAAACAAUAUUAUACACUUGUAUUCAUUACAUCAUUCAUCUCUUAGCUGUUCUCCUAGCUGAUAGCCUUUGUGUAGCUUCAUAGUGAUGAAAACAUGAGGCAUGAACGGAACAGGAACACUUUCUCCAGGACGAUUCUCACAACCCUCCUUGGAUGAAUCGAUAAUCCUCAGCUCUUUAGCUGCUCUGUUAAUCUCUUAACACCGAUCCGCAGCAUGCCGAGCACCAGUGGGGAAACCCGUCCUAAUGCCGAGGGGAAUUCUGCUGGAGAAAAUAAACACACACACACACACACACACACACAAGCAGAAGGAUUUGAGUUGGUCCUCCACUCCGUGUCUGGUGAACCGUCUCAUCCUUAGUGGAACCGUUUGCACAUUCAGAGCAGCUUCUGUUCUCCACAAAUGACUGACGUCACAUCCUGCCUCCAGCUCUUUUGUUGUUUUUUUUUUUCUUAUUUAAAAUUGUAUAAUGUUUUAAGUUUAAAUGUAUAAGUUAUUUUAUUU